AUGGCCAUGACAUCUUCACUGGAGGUUCUAAAGAACGCGCUUGAGGAAAUCGUCAAGAAUCCGCAGUACCAUGAUCUAUUGUCUCUGAUCAAGACGGCGCGCAAUGGUAUUAUCUACGGUACCAAGGUGCGGUUUCCGCAUGCACUGGUGAUGGUGUUUCUCUUCCGCUCCGGAUCAUUACCUGAGAAAGUCAAACUAGUCCUUCGAGCAACGAGACACCAUGCGACUAACUUGGCGCGCUUCGCUCUUAUAUACAAGCUGACGAUGCUGGCGCUCAAGUACUUCGGCGCGCAGCCCGGAAAGGAGGGAACAUACGACUCUUUCGUUGGCGGUCUUGUCGGCGGUUACUUUGUUUUCGGCGGUCGCUCAAAGCGCACAGGCAAGAUCUCAUCGGUCAACCAGCAGAUCGUCAUCUACGUCUUUGCGCGCGUGAUGCUGGCCCUCGCACGCAUCGCCGUGAAGCCCGACCAUGGAUUCCCCGUGGUAUCCUCCGAGCCGCUGCGCAGCGUUAUCAACAAAUACGCCUGGCCGGCGUUUGCGUCGCUCUCGUGGGCCAGUGUUAUGCUGAUCUUCCGCUACCAUCCUGAGGAUCUGCAGUCGAGCUUGAGGAGCAGCAUGACGUAUAUCUACCAGGACUGCAACGAGUUUGAUUCGCUACGGACUCUGCUGUGGCAUAACAAAUAG